AUGGACAAGCUCUAUUGUUUCGUUGCUGUUCUCAUCUUCUAUCGUCAAAUAAUGGCUGAUUUGGAUUAUUACUCAAGAAAGGAGAAUACGCAACANUAUGAUCGAUACCCAGCAAUGUACGAUGAGUAUCAUAAAGAUAACUACUAUUCAAAUCAUGAGAACGCUAGAGGUCAUAACUAUGCAAUGCCUCCUGGCUAUCAUAAGGAUUCCCGAAGUAUAUCACUGACGCGUGAUGAAUAUCGUAAACUGCCCGAUUAUAAUGAAGAACCACCUCCGGCAAUAAAACCGAAGGUUUCGUACCGCGACCAAGACGGUGAGUUUGGUGGAGGUCGCGAGUUUGACCGAGAUCAGGACAUUGCCCGGGGUCGUGAUUUCGACAGAGGUCGUGAGUUCGAGAAAGGUCGUGAAUUUGAACGUAGUCGGCAGGACCUUGAUCGUGCUCACUUCGAUAAGCCUGAAGAUGACCUGGUCUCAAACUGGGUCAAAGACCAACAAAUGCUCGCACGUAUGCCCGAACAUGCGAAUAGCGAACCUGUGACUCCAGUUGAAGAACCAUUUGGUCAACCACUUCAGCAUUCUAUGUCGGUGCCAUCGAUGUACGCUGAAACAUCCGGUGCUACAACUAACCGUCAUCAUCACUGUCAUAAACGACAUCAUAAGCACAGAUCUUCGUCGCGGUCCCGACACAAAGAUGACGAUCGUCAUGAGUACGACCGUCGUGACUCGUCAAGACGUCACUCGAAACGAAAACAUCGUUCGUCAUCUGUCGGAUCGCGCUCAAGGCGAUCCUACAGCUCCGAUUCCUACACGACUGACUAUACAGGUUUCCACGAGAUUGAUUCUGAUCUACAAACGUUAUUCCUUACUUGUUUCAAGGCAGUAUUUACGGAUGAUUAG